AUGCCUGUAAAAAUCCCUUGCCUUAUAGCGCGACGAUCUGUCUUGCUUCUUCUGGUAGCUUUUGGGUUCUUCGUAUUGCUGCCUUUCUGGCAAAAUGCGAACAACAAUAUUCAUCAAACCGAUACGGAUUCUAGCCUUGGGCUUGGUGUGGCAGAUGCUAUCUACGUUAUCUCACUGCCGGCGCGACAUGACCGACGAAAAGACAUGGAGAAAAUACGGCUGUCCCUGAACCUAAGUUGGACCUAUGUUGACGCUCUACCAUCGGCAAACCCUCUCGUUGGAAUUAUGAUGCAAUGGAUAACUUUGGUGCGCAAUCGACCGCCUUAUCUCACCCGCAGCGAUGAUUCUCCCUCGCCUGACAAGACAUCUUUCUCUUGGCCUGAAGAUGCUGAAACGAUGAACGAGCUUGAUUUCUGGAACGUGGAUCCCUGGCCCUCUCUGUUCGGUGUUCCUAUCUCUUCGUCUCUCCAGCCUCUGGCAUCUGCCACCCAAGAUUUUACUAUCGCAUCCAACGCAUCGAAGCUUCCGGAGCAUCUCAUUCUCACGCCUUCUCGGGUUGCUUGCUGGUACUCUCACCUGUGCGUUAUACAGAAGAUAGCUAACAGCGGCGAUUCCGUAUCUAUCAUCCUGGAGGAUGACAUCGACAUGGAAAGGGAUAUCCAUGCCCACCUUCAAAAUAUCUGGCCGAACCUUCCUCUAGACUGGGACAUCGUAUUUUUAGGUGGGAACUCGCCCGCUUGUCCUCGUCCAGGAGCUUACCACCGUUAUCUAGGACAUUGCUGGUCAAACGAAUCUCUCCAUCCACCGCUGACUCCGGCUGAACACCACUACGCUAGCAUCCACAAAUCUGUCAGCCCGAAGUGCACGCACGCGUAUGCACUCUCACGCAAAGGUGCUCGGCGUCUCCUCGUGCAUCUCCGUUACCCGCCGUUCGCCUUCUCGCGUGCCAUCGACCAGGCUAUCGCUUGGCUCGUUGAAAGUGGGAGACUCAAAAGCUAUUCUGUCGUUCCGAGCCUUGUGGUGCAAAGAAAGGUCUCCACGAGCGACGUCAUGGUUGGGAAAGGCACGGGCAGCAAGUGGAAAGAUCGUCUCACCAAUGGCAUCCUUCAAGAUCUUGAGACCUCGGAAAGCAGUUAA